AUGGCAAAUAGAGAGCAAAAAGAAGAGGAAGUUUAUCCACAAACUCUUAUUCAUAUCUUGUUGGAUAAAUAUUCUAAACCUAUCCCUCUUAUUGCAUUUUUUGAUACAGGUGCCCAUACUUCCAUCAUGAGGAAGGAUAUCAUACCAGACUCAUAUUGGAUUCCUGAAGUGAAUAAGUUUAGAGGAGCGGAUGGAAAUCUUUUUGAAACAAGAUUUGUCACGAAAAAUCCCAUCACUCUCAAACUUCUUCCUGAUUGCUGUGUUAGUUCAAAAUUUCUGGGAGCAAACUUUACUGGUAAGGACUUGUUGUUAGGAUUUGAUCUUUACAGGCAAAAUAAAUAUCUUAUUACAGGAAAUGGGAUAAAAUCAAAAAAGUUUUUUAAACCUUUCAUUGAAAUCCCAAAGCUGUAUUUAAUACAAGAAGAAAGUGUUCAACAAGAUCAACUCCAGCAGUUUCAAAAGCAGAUUAUUCAAGAAUCAUGCUCAACAAAUCAUCAAGAGUUUUUACAAAAGUGUGAUCAUCCUUUGUGGGAAAAUUCUGAGUUUUUUAUCCAACUUCAUUUUAAGAAAAAUGAGGAUAUCAAUCCCACAAAAGCUAGUCAUUCUGGAAUGAAUCCCAAUGACACAAAGCUUGCAGAACAGGAAUGCCAAGAACUUUUAAAGUUUGGACUUAUUGAGAUUUCUCAUUCUCAAUGGGCCUGCCAGGCAUUUUAUGUUAACAAAAGAUCUGAACAGUUGGGAAUUCAUCCUGAAGAUAGGCAUAAAACUGGAUUUUGUAUCCCAAAUCAUCAUUUCCAAUGGAAGGUGAUGCCUUUUGGUUUAAAAACUGCACCUUCUCUUUUUCAAAAAGUGAUGAUAAGGAUAUUUCAGCCUAUCCUACAUUCCAUACUUGUUUACAUUGAUGAUAUUCUUCUUUUCAGUAAUACUUUUGAAGAACAUCUUGAGUUGCUUAAAGAUUUUCAUCAUCUUGUUAAGCAAUACGGGAUAAUGCUUUCUGAAAAGAAAAUGUUUUUAGCUCAGCAAGAAAUUUCAUUUCUCGGAAUGAAAAUUGCUCAAGGAAAAUGUACUCCUGAACAGCAUGUUGGACAAUCCAUUAAAGAUUUCCCUGAAGAUAAUCUUUCGAAAACCCAGGUCCAACAAUUCCUUGGGGUUGUUAACUAUGUCCGGGAAUUUCUUCCCAAAGCUUCCAAACAUAUUAGUCCUUUGACUAAAAUGCUUAAAAAGAAACCUCCACCAUGGGGUGUUUCUCAAACCCAAGCAAUCCAAAUCCUCAAGAAGGCACUCCAAGAUCUUCCUACACUUCAUAUUCCAUCCGAUGGGAAAAAGAUCUUACAGACAGAUGCCAGUGAUAAGUAUUGGGGAGCAGUACUUCUUGAAGAAGAUGAACAAGGAACAAAACAUUGUUGUGGUUUUGCUAGUGGAAAAUUCAAGGUUUCUGAACAACAUUAUCACUCCACAUUCAAAGAAAUCCUUGCAGUCAAGAAUGGUAUAAAGAAAUUCUCUUUUUUCCUUAUAUCUCAUCAUUUCUUGGUUGAAAUGGAUAUGGGGUCAUUUCCUAAAAUGCUGCACUUCAAGCAAAACAAUGUCCCUAACCCCCAAUUACUGAGAUGGUCAGCAUGGUUUUCCCAAUAUUCCUUUGAGGUUAAGAAUAUUAAGGGCAAAAAGAACAUUGUUGCUGAUUUCUUCUCAAGGAAAGAACCUUUGCCUCAACAAGACCAACCUUGUUUCAUGUUCUCACCUGUUUGUUCUGAACCCCCAGAUAUUCACCAAAUUCCUCAUCCAUGGGAAAAGGAAGAUAUUGAAAGAAUCCGAAAUCAAUAUGAAUUUGAAAUAUUUAGUUCAUAUGGAGGAUCAAUCUUAAAUCCCUUUGGAACUAAUCCUGAAUAUCCUUUCUGUCAAAUUUUCAUUGCCAGACAUGAUGAUUUUCCAAAAUCAUUGUUAUGGAAAACAGAUGCAUUCCUCCUGAAAUAUGGCCUGGUCACUAUGGUUCGUGGAACUACCAUUCAAGUCAUCCUCACUGGACCAGAAUCAAAAAAGCGUCAGAAUAAAAUGAAUGAUACUGUGAUGCAGGAUUCCUAG